UUGGAAGUGCGGCUGGAGAGCCGAGGAGGCGGCGGUGAAAUUGUGAAAUAGCUUUCCUGGAUUGAGUUACGUUGUUCAGCAUUUGGAAAGAGACCCGUAGACUUUGACGUCGCGAAAAUGUCGAGCUGAAUUCCCUCGUUUUUCCUCUUGAACGGCUCUUUAAGCAGCGCGAGACUCCCAUCAAUAAAGACUAGAAUGCCUCAGCUUGGAAGUCUGUUCACACAGUUUCAUCUCAGCUCCAAAGCUUCAGAAAGUGCUCAAAGUCAAAGCCCACAUCAGACACCAACACUACCUGACUUUAUACAACAUGUCAGGAAACUCACCGGGAUAAGGAAGGAAGACGUCUACGGCCAUCUGCGUAUCCGCGACCAGUUUCAGGCCGCCAAAGAUGACAUCAACAUUGUUAUCCUCACAGGCCAGGGGAUCUUCUGCAUAGAUGUAAAACCCUGGAGAGGCACAGUGUCCGCUCACAACAAGACCUGGCACGUGCAAGUGAAGGAAGAGGACCGAAACUUUACCAAUACCUGCAUUGAGCAGAUUGAAGAUCCCGUCAAAGCUAUCAUGACCAAGACCGCUAACUUAUGCAGCCAUUUGCAGAGGAGCGGAGUACCUGUGCGCCAAAGCCUCUUUUUCCCCAGGGUUCUCCUCCUCUCUCCAGACUGCGAGCUAGAUGAGGAGCUGAGGAAGAGGAGGGAGCUGAUCUCUCACGGCCAGACAGACGACUUCCUCAAAUCUUUCAGGGAGGGCUACAUGGCCUGGAUAUCAGAUGCACUGACUCCAUCCUGGCUCUCCGGUCGUCUGUCGUACAGGCAGAUGGAGUCCGUGCGUGAAGUCCUGAGGAGGGUGGGGACGUGGGAUCUGGUGAGUCUGCACUGUGGCGAGCAGCUGAAAGGAGACUUCCAGGGCUGCCAGUACAUCGCUCUCAACCGACAGGAGACAGAAACGCUCGAGUUUUCCAGAGUCAAGACCCUGUCGGCUGAUUCGCUGUGGGCCCUGCUGGGACAUGCUCCUCAGGUAACGGUUAAGAUGUACAAGCGUGGAUCUCAGGGCUGGCUGGGAAAAUCCCUGAACGCCUCCACCACCAUCCCCUCCAACACUGCUGUGAUCUUCAGGAUCAGCGGGGAGGAAGCAGAUGCCAAAAUCCCAGCAAACACCAUUCACAGCAUCUUACUCAGCAACUGACCGCGUGUGUCAGUCGAUAAAGAGGAACGCCAUCACAACGUGGCUCUGCGGGGAGACGAAGCAUUCUUAAUUACAAGAAGAAAAGCUCCUAAUUUAGCUCAAACCUACUCACGUUUUUAAUGAGUGCCUUUUACUAUGCAGUGUUUGCAAUCUGUCAUAUUGUACUAAAAACACAAGUUCUGAAUGUCUUUAAGUGAACAUUUAUUGAAAAAAAAAAAAAAGAAGAGAAGAAAAAUGACAAUUUCACUGAUUCUGCAAUCCUCAGUGGCAAUAUUAUGUUAAUGAAAAUGGUUUCAGACAAUUACACGGAUUAAGUUUCUCUUGUUUUGAAUUUCUGGGGCUGGCCCACACUUUACACGAGCCAUUAAUUAAUCAUUAUGCUCGCUGAUUGUGUCACAUCAGUUCCAGAUUGAAGUGUUUAAUGUGUUAAUCGUGGCGGUUAAAAGCUGGUGGCCUCUAGUAGUACGACGACUGCCUCUGUGGGUUUAACGGGCAGUGAUUUACCGUCUGUUUAGAAAGUGUAACUGUGAGGUGCUUUAUUAAUAUGCUCCACCGCACAGAGGAGAUGAUAACAUAUUCAAGAGCGCACAAGCGUAGCCACCCGUGCCAUUCAUAACUGUCGGAGUCACUUUCCAUCAGUUACCAGGCUUACACGGCUGCGCUAACAGCUAGCAAUUGUAUUUUCUUUGCCUGGUAGCGGCCAAAAUGAAGUUAUUUACAUCGAGAUAUCAGUGCCUUUAGCUAAUGCAAUAGAAGGAGCUCUCUGUGUUGAUGGUAUCUCUUUGCAUGGCAUCUCUCAUACCUGAAACAUCAUUACACUAUACUCAAACGUCUGUUUACUGUUUCACCUGAGGGACAGAUUGCACAAACAGUACCGUUCUCUUUGUAUUUGUAAGUGCAGAUUUUUUAGACUCUGGUUGUUUUCAGAUAUUGGUCAACAUUGCUUGAAUGUAAAAGUGUUCUGAUGAAUUUAUUUCUUUUACAUAUUCAAACUUAAGUUCUAAUUAUGGUCCUGAGGAACUGUUUUCUCCGCUACACUUGACAAACAAUAUUGACAAUAUCAGACGAUCUGGGAUGAGAAGGGUUGUGAGACAUUGCUAUAUAUGAUUCUGAGUGGUGGGUGCAUGCGGGUUAAUAUGAAUGUUUUGCGAUUUGUUUUUUAACUUCUAGCACUUUCAGUAUCAAGCCUACUUGGUUGUUAACAAUACUCUAGAGUCGAGUGAUUAAAGCAUGGUUGUCAUGCUUUAAACAUAGUUUUUAUGUUUACAUAUAUUUGUACUAUCUGCUGUCAUAAUAAAAAAUAUUUUAUGA